AUCAGGUGCCAGUCAAAGCCAUAAAAUUCUGCGAUCAGAGGGUUGAAUAUUGGACGAGAUUGUCAGUCCUGGGGCCGUUUCUUCAGUCUGGAAGCAAUUUUGGGGAUUGAUCAGCCUCGGGAUCCGAUCUCUCUGAUCUUCCCCGUGAACGGGGCAGAAGAAACAUGACCUUCCAGGCAGGGCAGCCCAGCUCAGUGAAAGGAAGUGUUUUCCUCUCGGGACUCUUCCUGAUCACUCUGUUAAACUGCGCCGGGUUGGUUUACCUCUUCGUGCGAUCCAGCACCGUGAGGUCCCAGCUGAAAGCUUUGGAGGGUCGCCUGGAGGACUUGUCUGGGACAUGGCCCAUGGAGCUCAUCUCACGCCUGACCCAGGACCACUCCGAUUUGGCUGAGCAGAGGAAUCGCAACAAGAGAAGCCACCAGGAGCCGGGGAGCCGGGAGGAAGCUGGGGACACUAUCAUGAUGAUGACAUACUCAAGGAUCCCGAUUCGAAUAUUCAUGGAUUUGUGCAACAGCACUAGGGGAAUAUGCUUAACAGGUCCAGCAGGGCCAGUUGGACCACCAGGCCCUCCAGGUUUAGAUGGAUUACCUGGGGUUAAUGGCUCAGAUGGACCUAUUGGGCUUCCUGGACCACCUGGAAAAGAAGGCAAACGAGCUCGAAAAGCUGCCCCUGGACCAAAAGGGGAACCUGGAGAUUUGGGACUGAAAGGUGACAAAGGAGACCCUGGUCCACCUGGUUUAGAUGGGUUACCAGGUCCAAAAGGUGAAUCAGGACCUAAAGGUGACAGAGGAGAGCCUUACAAUGAGAUCAUUUUGGAAGGUCAGAGAGGCCCUCCGGGUCCUCCAGGACCAGCUGGGCCUCAGGGUUCUCCAGGGCCAAUAGGUCCCCCUGGCCCACCUGGGUCCAAAGGAAAAUCCCGAAAUCAGCACAACACAGUCAGUUACGAUGAAGCUCGCGCAAUACCAAAUGACGACACUAUAAUCGGAAGGACGUCUGCACAAAAAGCACUGAGUUCCUUUUCGAAGAAAUUUGGACGUAUCAUAAAAUCAGUGGAUGACCCUUACAAUGUGACGAGGAUAGAAAACACAUUUGGAGCAUGGAUGAAGGACCCUGCGUCAAAGAACAAUGAACAGAUUUGGGUUGUUGAACACUUUUCAGGAUUGACUGUGCAAGAAUAUGAAAAUUUAGAAGCACUUAAAACUGGGAGCAACUUCAAGACGAUAACAUUGGCGCACUUUUUUCAUGGAUGUGGACAUGCUGUGUAUAAUGGUUCAAUUUAUUAUCACAAAGGAGGAUCUGAUAAUAUUAUAAAAUUUCCACUUGAUGGGAAACAACCCCAGCGCAUGAAAGUAGAAAAUGCUUUGCACAACAAUCGUAAUUACCUCUUCCAAAAUGCAAAGACAUAUUUUGACUUGACUGCAGAAAAAGGAGGACUUUGGGUAAUCUAUGCUUUGAGUCAUGAUGAAAACAUCAUUGUUGGCCAAAUUGAGAUCAAUGAAGAAUCAUUCUCAAUUGUUCAGAAUAUUAACACCACAUACCCCAAAUCAAAGGCCGGCAAUGCAUUCAUAGCAUGUGGGAUUCUCUACCUCACAGAUACUAAAGACACCAAAAUAGUUUUUGGGUUUGAUUUGUUGAAAGAGAAACAACUUGAUGUAAGUUUUGAUUUAAGAUCAUCAAAUGAUACGCUUACAAUGCUCUCCUAUGAUCCACAUGAUCGCACUUUAUAUACAUGGGAAAAUGGCUACUUAAAGAAAUAUGGUCUACAUUUCUUACCAGCUGAAUAAAUGCAAAUGAUUUUACAACAGAGAUGCAUGUGUAACUGGUACAGCUACUAAUUUUUAAUAUGCUCAUAAAGGUGAAAUUAUUUUUUCUCUGAUGCAAUAUUGGAAAUUUUUUUUGCCAAUAUAUUUGUACAGAACAUGUCUAAUAGUUAAAAUAGUAAUGCAACUUCUUUAACGCGUUAUAUUGUAUUUUAAAAUUUUUCUUUUAGGGUUUAGAGAUCUAGUUAGCAUCAAAUUGGUUUUACAUAAGUUUCUUAGCAACAAAAUAGAUAUAGGUUACAUUUAUACUAUAGUUUUACUGUUACGAUAAAAUAGCUUCCAUUUUGCAGUGACACUAAAGUUACAGUGCAGCUCUGGGUUCAGGUCCUACCAAACUCUGGGUAGGAAGUGACAGGCCUCUGCCCCCCCCCCACAAACCAAAUACCAUCUUAUGAAGGAAGUCUCACAUUCCAUGGUGAAAUAAUUCCAGUGCAAUGAUGAAUCUGGUUUAUAAAGUGCUGAAGGGGAUCCUUUGACCACCUCCACUCUUUCAAAUUCCCCAGACUUCAAUUAAAUGCACUGAGUGCGGACACUCGCCCACACUCAAGACUGGCAGCUACAUUAUAAAUGAACCCAUGCAUAAACAUCAAACAUUCCAACUACUUCUGAGGAAACUACUUGUACAAAAGUCUUUGGGGUAAAUUGUGGCUGUGUAAUCUUACAUGCACAUUGGAUAUAAGUAUAUUUACAUUUAUACUUGCUAGAAGGAACACACAUUCACACACGGGACUGUUCAAGCCUUGGGCCUUUUAAAAAUUAUCUGGAACCAAUCAGCACCCUUUUCUCCUGUAAUAUAAAUUGUUUGUCAUCGUUUGAAAUUCAGCAUUCUUGCAUUUUCCUGAUGAGUGCAAGACAAAAAGCUUCGGGAAUGUCUUUCUUUUCAGCAAUAUUCAAAAUCAAAAAUGAAUGCAUCAAUAUACUUAUUUAACAGAUGUUUUAUCUUAAAGGAUAAAGGAUUGCAUUAACUGCAUGCGAUAGAAUUUGCAUUACCAUCAGAGAUUAACGAGUUAUAGUAACAGAAUUUUGAACUGCUUAACAUGCUAGCUGUAUGGUGUUGUUUAUUUAGUAAGAAAGGGAUUCUAGUUGUUCUAUAUUUAUAUAAGAACUUCAAAUGCCUUUGAAAUGGCAAUAAAUCGGUAUAUGUAAAGUA